AUGGAGUGCAGGCUUGGACUGGGUCUUGCAGCUUGGGGUCUUUAGUCCUACCCCUUGAUUUCCACAUUGUUUUUGAAGGAAUUCUGAACUGAAAGGACAGAUGAUGUUAUUUAUUAAUGUCCAGUGCCCUAUAGCUCUCCCCUAACCUGGACCUGACCUCUCGUAAUAUCAUACAUCACGGAGCCUGAGGGAUGACAGUAACAAAGAAAUAGGAAAGAUGGCCCAGGAACUUCUGCUGCCUGGACCUCCAAGUCCAAAGGGACCAUUUUUCCAACCCUUCUAAGGUGUGGCUAUGAUUCUUCCCUGAACUAAUGAAGACUGUUCCUCAGGGACCAGUGUUGUUAUGAAUUUCCCAAGUGGGUGUCUCUUCCUCUCCUACUAGAGUUUGCUUUUAGUACAUGUGCUUUGCAUUUGACUUCAGAUCUUGUUUAAAUUUAAAUAACUGUUUAAUGUAUUGACAAUCCUUCAGUUAGAAGUUAAAAAUCUGGGGGAUUUUAGAGGUCUUUAUACAUCUCUUCUCAUGAUCAAGAGGCUGCUCUGUGUUCUCAACAUCUGAAGAGAAGGUUCCCACACAGGAAGUCCCUUUUUUUCCAUUUGAGAACAUAAAGCCUGAAGGAAAGUUGCAGCUUUGAGGCCCCUGCCUCUAGGCUCACUCAUAAUAAAAGAAAGGGGGAGGACUGGCCUGCUCUGCAAUCAAUUGUGAAAGAUCUUUAAAUGUUAAGAAUAAAGAAGUCCAGAUGAACUCUGCUAAGGUCCUUCAACUAUUCUAUGGGAACCCGGGCCUUUUCCCAUGACAGUAUUUUUAUCCCUGAUGGGGGAGCAGAAAGUGAGCAGACAGUUCAAGCAAUGUCACAGGACAACAUCCUGGGCAAAGUCAAAACUCUUCAGCGACAGUUGAGCAAAAACAUCAAGUUUGGGCAGCCACCACCCAAUGCCAUUCCCAUGAAGAAGGCAGACAGUGGCGAGGCUACCUUAGAAGAGGAUCUAUUCCUGACCAGUCCCAUGGAAAUUGUGACUCAGGAGGACAUCAUCCUGUCAGACACAGAGAACAAACCCAGUGAUACGCCAAGUUCUCUGAGUCCUCCGAAUCUGCCUGGAGCCAGAAGUGAGAUGGAAGAGAAGGUGGCUCCAGUUAAACCAUCGCGGCCAAAAAGGCACUUCUCUUCUGCUGGAACCAUCGAAAGUGUCAACCUAGAUGCCAUCCCCCUGGCCAUCGCGCGUCUGGACAACAGUGCUGCCAAGCACAAACUGUCCGUUAAGCCAAAAAACCAGAGGGUGUCAAAGAAACACAGGCGACUUGCCAGGGAUCGACUGCAUGAACAAUGUAGCCUUCCGGGUCAGCUGUCCCUGGACCAGAACGGACACCCUGGAGAAGGCAAACCAAUUUGGCAUGAGGAGGAGCCAGAGCUGCUGGACUCUGAAGAAGAGAAGAGAUGCCAAGAAGAAUACUGGCUAGAACUUGAGGCCAAGUGCAAACGGCAAAAGGCUGAAGCAGCCGAGAGGAGACGUCUGGAAGAGCAGAGACUCCAGGCCCUGGAGAGGAGGCUUUGGGAAGAGAACAGAAGGCAAGAGCUCUUGGAGGAGGUAGGCGAGGACGAGGAGGGAGACGAGGCAGAACUACAGCUGGAGGCAGAAAAGAGGCAGCACCAAGAGGAGAGGCAGAGACUGGAAGGGCAAGGUGUCCAAGGCCAAGAGCGGAGAGAACAAGAGGAAGGAAGGCACCUGGAGGCCCAAGAGCAGCUGCCACGCACACAGCAGGAAGAGCAGGCGGUGUGGAGCGGGCAGGAGGCCGAGAAGCAGCAGGAAGAACAAGAGGAAAGAGAGUUGAAGGAGCUGGAGGAACAGAAGCAGUUGGAGGCCGAAGAGCAGCAACAAAGGGAGGAGGAGGAGCAGCAGCGGCAAAGGGAGGAGGAGCUGCGGCUGCAGGAGGAACAGCAGAGUCUGGAGGAGGAGCAGAGGCGGCUGGAGGAGCAGCAGCAGCGGAGGCGGGAAGAGGAGGAGCACCAAGAACGAGAGGAGAAGAGGCAGCAGGGGGAGGAGCAGCGGCAACGAGAGGACAAGCCUCACCUGCAGGAGGAGCAGCGAUGGGAGGAAGAGGCAGCAGCAGAGAGAAGGGCAGAACAGGGAAAGCGGGAGGAAGUGGAGGCGCAGAGGCAGCAGGAAGUGGAAGGUCAAGAAGCAGCGAGUGUGCAAGAGGAGAGGUGGCAGCCACUGGACGUGGAAAGGAGCUCAAGGAGCCCAGUUCAGGUGGACUUUGCAGAGAAAUCAGGCAAACGAGAGCACCUGCAACCCGAGAAGCAAAGAGAACACUCUGAGGAGUCAAGGAUUUGCGAGAAGCAGAGCCAGGAGGCUGAGCCAUGCGGAGAGCAGCAGGCACAAGGUGGGGAUUUUCCCGGGCAUGGUCGUCGUGCACGUCAGGAAAAGAGACAAGAAGCUAACAUGCAGCCUCCCCGGAAACGAGAGGCGAAGGUAGAAGAGAUGCUGGCUGCCGGGGAAAAGAAGGAAGCUGCCGCUCCAGAAAAAGACAGGAAGGUGGAGGAACUUCGGUGGCAGGAAGUGGAUGAGAGGCAGACCACGCCCAGGCCCUAUACUUUCCAGGUGUCAUCCGGAGGGAAGCAGAUUCUCUUCCCCAAAGUCAAUCUGAGCCCAGUGACGCCCCUGAAGGACGCGGGACUUGCCUCUGCCCCCCAGGAGCCGAAGACCCCCAGAGCCAGCCCAGCCUCCCAUGCCUUGCCCUCCUCCCUGAGUGUCCCCCACACAGCCAUUCUGGUCACGGGAGCACAGCUCUGUGGCCCGGCCGUCAACCUGAGCCAGAUCAAGGACACAGCAUGCAAGUCUCUCCUGGGCUUGUCAGAAGAAAAGAAGCACGUGGAUGUCCCUGCCCUGGAGAACCCACCCCGAGCAUCUGUCGACCCCCGGUCAGGGAGCGGGAAGGCCAGGCCCCCCCAGGAGUCUCCGAGCAGUGUGGCUGCACUAGCCGAAUGGGCUUCCAUUCGGUCCAGAAUUCUGAAGAACACAGAGAGUGAGCAGCGCGUUGAUAGAGACCAGUCUCGGCCAGGUGAAGAGCACACUCCCAGGGGCCGAUGUGAUUCCCGCGGGAACCUCCGGAGGAUCCCCCCAGUAAAUGCAAAAUUCUCUAUUAUGCCUGCUUGGCAGAAAUUCUCAGAUGGUGUCACCGAGACCUCCAAACCUAACACAGAAGCAGAGAGCAUUAGAAAAAGACCUGUGCUGGGACCCAAUGAUGGGUCAGCUCCCCAACCCCUGGCUACUUAUGAGCACCCAAAGGGUACAGAGAAACUGGAGCCAGCAGACAGCACAGAGGGAUGCAAAUUUGCCAAAGACCUCCCAUCUUUCCUUGUUCCAAGCCCUCCUUACCCUCUGCAGAAAGCAGUGGCCCAUGCAGAGCCCAUGAUCAUUUUGGACAGUGAGACCAUCAGUGCUAUAGGAAAGGCAGACCCCGCAACGCCUGGUCAAGAGGAAAAAGCCUCACCGUUUGGGAUAAAAUUGAGAAGGACCAACUACUCCUUGCGCUUCCACUGUGACCAACAGACAGAACAAAAGAAGAAGAAAAGGCACAGCAGCACCGGGGACAGUGCUGAUGGUGGGCCACCUGUACCAGGAAGUACAAAAGGAGAGAAAGAGACAGAGGGUGUGGCCCUCAAGCAUGGCCUGUCCCUAACCCCUGAGAGGAAGCAAGCCCUGUCCACCUGGAAGGACUCUGCUGAAAGAGUGCACUCUUCUCCUGCAGCCCAGCUGGGGCCUCAGCCAGUUGCAGAGCAUGACAAGGUGGCACACAAAAUGCCAUUGGUGCAGAAGCCAGCCCUGGCUCCCAAGCCUGCCGGUCAGACUCCCCCCUCCUCCCCACUCUCCAAACUGAGCAGGCCCUACCUGGUAGAGCUGCUGGCCCGCCGGGCAGGGAAGCCAGACCCGGAGCCUGGCGAGCCAUGCAAGGAGGGUCAGGAGAGCAGGGACCUCUGGCCGCGGUCACCGCCACCCCCAGAGAAAAGGAAGGCACACAAGAGGGAUGAGGAGGAAGUUGUAGAAACAGAGAGGAAACUUGGUUCCUCGGCCCUGUCUGCUGCUCGGCCAGAAAAGCCUUCCCAAACCCCUGAGGCCGGGAGGAAAGAAAAGCCUGUUCUUCAGAGCAGGCACUCGUUAGAUGGCUCCAAACUUGCGGAGAAGGUUGAAACUGCGCAGCCACUGUGGAUAACGUUAGCACUGCAGAAACAGAAGGGGUUUCGGGAGCAGCAAGCUACUCGAGAGGAGAGGAAGCAAGCCAGGGAGGCCAAACAGGCAGAAAAGCUCUCCAGAGAGAACGUCGGUGUCAUCCUGCAGCCUGGAAGCAGCAGUAUCAGCAGAGCAGGCUCCUUGCACAAGCACAGCCCACAGCUGGAGGAGAAGAAGCCGGAGACCGCAGCGUCCAGGCUUGAGCGCAGGGAACAGCUGAAAAAGGCCAACACUCUUCCCACAUCUGUGACAGUGGAGAUUUCGGAUUCAGCUCCCCCUGCACCGCUGGUCAAAGAAGUCACCAAGAGGUUCUCAACCCCAGACGCUGCCCCCGUGUCAACAGAACCAGCUUGGCUGGCAUUGGCCAAAAGGAAAGCCAAGGCCUGGAGCGACUGUCCACAGAUCAUUAAGUAGAGUGACUCUUAACCCA